GGAGCGUGCAUUAUACACACACUGCAUGCCAACGCAUGCUUUCCAAGGUUUCGCGGUGGUGGGCAUAUUAACUUGAAUAACUUGAUUUAGAGAAAGGUACUCGCGGGUUUCGACGGGUCGUCAGGUUGCCGCUUGGUCGGGGGGCUCAGCCGAAUGUCGCUGCCUUCAUCGAGGGCACAAUCCGGGGACGCGUCUCCACCAUCCACUUUGAGCUUGCGGUAGCCACAAUAGCGUCGACGCAGUACGACACAAGUCAUGAGCAGAACGACCGCGGCGGUCGCCCCCACGAUUGCUGCAACAAUCGCCAGGUAGUUUUUGUUGCGCACCACAGUGUCAAGAAGCGUCAGUGUCUUGGCCUGAUAGUGCACAUAUCGCAGGGGCUGGAGGUCGAACCUUUUCUUUUGCCGUGGCGUUUCGCAAUAUCCAACGUUGUUUCGCACAGCUAGCCAGUUGCUGAGCUCGCUCCAUGUCUCCAAGUGCGCGCAAUCGGUAAGCUGGUACGGCUGCGCUUCAUUCACGCCAUGCUGCUCCAGGUUGAGAAUGAACUUGCCGCCAACUUCCUUGACUCCCAUCAGAUAGCAGUCAACGUUGACGACGACGUGGAAACUGCGCAAGUGCAGCUUCUUCAAGUGCUGCUUCUUCGAGUGCUUGAGCGGAUCCGUGGUAGUUUCGUUGUGAGCUUCAAUCGAGUCGUAGUACAAAAUCAACUUGUCGCAAAUGGACGUCGAGUUGUACAGGGCAAAUGCUUGUUGUACUGCUUCUUGCACUGCUGAAGGUGCCUUGGAAGAGUCGAUCGAGGUCCAGACCACAGCCUUUGGCACUGGGGCGGUAGUUGUGGAUACGGCAUUUGGGUGGAUGGUGGUAACUGAUGUGUCCUUUUGAGGUUUUUCCGGGUCGCGGUUAUCCUUGUCAUCGUCAUUGUUAGAUUCAUCGUGAUGUAAUGUAGUCUUGGGCGAUGCUGUCGUUGUUGGAGCUACCGUUGUAGCUUCCUCAUCGAUGAGGUCUUCAAUUGAUACGUCAUCUCCAUCGUCUGUGUCAUCUUCAGGACAUGGAUCAAACUCGCAGUUGUUCAAUGGGUUCGGGUGCACCUUCGUCCGGCCAUCGGCGCAUGUGUGCACAACCUUUUUGCACGUGACGACCUCGUCAUCGAUAUCGUCCCCGUCAUCGUCGUUGUCAUCGUCCCCAUCAUCAUCAUCACCAUUGUCUUCACUUUCGUCAUCACUGCCAUCUUCUUCUUCCAAGUCCUCAGGACAUAGAUCGAACUCACAAUCGUUGAACGGAUUCGGGUACACCUGUGUGAUCCCAUCGGCACAGACGUACACAAGGUCCUUGCACUUCAGCUUUUUCAUUCCCACGAGGGGAGACGCAUGUCCUCCCGUGGAAGACUCGUCCAUGAAGAGAAACAUUGCUACCGUGAGCGCACUCACGGCCUUGGACAUGUGCAUGGUGGUGAUCGGCGUCCGCGGUCCAGGGAAAGGGCGAGAGUGCGCACGUUGAUCGCUCUGGGAAGUUCCUCGCUGGCUG